AUGAUAAGGUUGAGGAAUAUUAUAGGAUCUGCUCUUCAUAUUCAGACAUCUUUAUUUAGGUUUUCGACCCAAGCUCCCCAACAACCUAAUGAUUAAUUCAAUAAAAAGGUAUUAUUCGCUGGGAAGAGUGCCGAUAAACCAAAAAAAUAACAUUAAAGAUCAGAAUAGAAACACUCAUAAUAACAAAAAAAAGAGGGAAAUGAAAAUCAGUAGCAUGAAUAGAGUGCUCCAUACAGGCAAUAGGAAAGACAUUUCGAUAGAUAAUAAUUCCAUAAGUAAAAGGUUGAUGAGCCUAAAUUUUAUAGAGGUGACAGAGAUCGCAGAUCACCUGAUCAAUAAUAAUAAUAAUAAUAAGAAUAAUAGGAAACUCCUAAAAAAACAGGAAUAUUAUUUGGGAAUAAAAGCAAAGAUGCUAAAUUGGUAGCAGCAAAAUUUUAAACUAAAAGAGUUUUCAAUUAAAUUCUGAAGAAAAAGAUAGAGAACGAAAAACAAAAUGAAAAAAUAUUUAUAGAUCAACUGAAUUAGGCUUAAAACAUACACAACAUCCAUGAAAGAAACUCAAAAUUAAUUGAUCUCUAUGCAAGUCAAAGUAAAUGGGAUAAAGUUAAAGAUAUAUUUAAAUCAGAAAAGUAAUUUAAUUCUGGUGUCUAUUCUGCCUAUAUAAAUCAAACAGCCUCUCAUUCUGUUGACCUUGCAGACUACGAACAACUGAAAGCCCUUAUAAAAAAAGUUGGCGAUAGAGCUCACAAACUCCAACCAGAAGCAUUUCAAUCUCUUUAUUAUAUGAUUUUCAAUCUUGAUUUAUUUCCAAAUGAAAAAGCUAAAGAAUUGGAGCAUCUGAUCAAUAUUGUGACAACCCAUCACUUAACUCCCUAAUUUGAUUUAACAUACUUCUAAACUCUUUUGGAGGAGUAGUCAAUAGAGAAUGAAAAAGCAAGCCAUUUGGCGGUCAUUAAAGUUUUCAAUCAAUAUUUUGAAAGAUAUGUCUAACAGAACAAAGGUAAGUCAACAGUGGAUUUGCCAAAUCUUAACAUUGCAUUUGCCAUAGCAGUCAAAUCAACAAUUCUUUAUAAUACAAAUGAUGCUUAGAAUUUCCUCAAUAACUUAAAAGCCUUUCAAUAGCUGGCUGAAAAUAAUGUCAAGUUAGAUGAUUUAGUUAGAUAUGCACAAUAUAUUUCCUUAAAAGAGGAUUCCUUCACCUAAUUAUUGGAAUUAUUCAAAGGAAUCAGAAAUCCUAAUUUUAUAUUCUUAUUUGAAGAAGCAUUAAAGAAAUUAGAUGCAAAUGGUAAGGAAGUCCUGGCCAUUAAUAAGGAAUAAUUGGAAAAGCUCUAUUUUGAAAAAGCAGAGAACUUACCUAUAAGACAAGCUGAACUUUUUGGUUUAUUUGCAGAUCGCUUCCAAUAUCCUGAAUUGACAGUUGAGAUCUUCUAGAACCAUAAAUAAAAUAAGUAAAACGAGUAUUCAAGUUUCUUGUAUCAAAAAGCUAUUGGAGUCUUAAUAGACUAAUCAGGAGGAAAACACAUAAGCAAUGCAGUGAUGACACUCAUGCAAGAGGCCAAUAGUUUCAAGGUUCCUUUAUCUAAAGUUAACUAUUAAAUCAAUCAAUGCAAAGCUCAUAUUAAGGAAGGGCAAUACUAAUUGGCUUACAAUCUUUUUACAUAAAAUGUCAUAGAGGAUAUAAUUUUGGCAUUUUAAAGAGAGAGAAUCAGAAGAUUUUUGUAUAAAUAUGUUCAAAAAAUUCACAUAGGUACAACAUUCAAAUUAAAAUCUAACAUGAAAACAUAUUUCAAGAAAAUUAAGCAUGUGGAUCAUUUUGUGAAAAGUCUAUCAGAUAAAUAAUUGUUUGAUUUAUAUAAGGAAGAGAGAUCAGAUAAUUUCUUAUUAGAAUGUUUAAUUCAGUAGGAGGAUGUGUUCGAAUUUAAUAAGUCGAUUACAUAUAGAGAGGCUUUUAAUUAAAUUAAGACAGAGAUUGCACAUGGCGUAUUUGACUAUUAAAAAUUAUUGAACCCAAUCACAGAGAGUGAAUAAAUUCUGAGAGAAGUGUUUGAUAAUUAUGAACAUUACGUUAAACUUGAAAAGAAAUUGUUGUUUAAUGAGAGAAAGUAGAAGAGAGUCUAUAAAGUGAUGAACUAACUGAGAUAAAGACCUGGUUCGAAAAAAACAUAUGAGUAGACACUUUCUGAGUUGGAGCAAUAAUUUAAGAAAAGUACGAUUGAAUAUGGUCUGAUGAGAAACGAUUUGAUUGAAUUUUCAGAAGUCGAAUAGGUCUAGUAAAUGUAAAUAAAAAUGAGGAAACAAUUAUCUUAAUUAGGUUUGCCAGUUGGAAAAUACAAAGCAAAUAUUGUAACAUUCUAGCCUUUGUAAGUUAAUUCAUAGUAGGAAUAAGAAGAUAUUGAAUAAAUUCCAAAUGAAGCACUCAAAAAAGAUGGUGAAAAUCCAAAGUAAAAAGGAAAAUCUUAAAAAACUGCUACAUUCAAAAAUGUUAAUAAAUUAGUUGAAGAAUAUUUGUCCAAAGUCAAAGAAGAUUAAAAGAAUUUGAGGAAUAUUGAUAAAUGGAGAAGAUAUCUCAAAACAAUGUAAAAAGGUAUUUAAUUUAAAUACAAAUUGCAAAACGAUAAAAAUUUCUUAAAAAGAAUGAUUAGGAAAACUUAUUAAUGUGGGAUUACUGAUUAAUCUAUGAGAGAGUUAGUAAACCUCAAAUUAAAAAAAAAAAUGCUGAAGCCUAGAAGAAGAUAAUUGAUUAGAAAUAGAUUAAAAGAAAAGCCCUCUAAAUUGUCAGUAUUUAUCAAUGGAAGUGUUUCAUAAAAUGACUUCGAAUUUAUGAAAUACAUUUACUACAAUGCUUAUACCUAAUAUGAUGAAUACAUUAAUGUGCCUCCAAGCAAUUAUCAAAAUGAGAUUUGGGAUUUAUUGGCCUGGGGUGUAUAACACUAAGAACCAAUGGCUGUGAAAUUAGGAGAAUUGUAUAGUAAUACUUGCGGUGCUAAAAUGCCUGAAUACCUAGCAAGGUUGGUGGCCAACUUUUAUAAAUGUGAAGUUGGAGAAAACAGUUCUGAGAUUCGAUAGAGAUGGAUUAAAUCAUUGGAAAUCGUGAAUGACAUUAGUACUCAUAAAGUGUAUUCACAUACAAACGAUCAAGCAUUUGUGUCCCUCUAAGAUGUCGAGUUCUUACAUGUAUUGGAAUGCAAAUAGGAGUACAAAGGAAUAUGCAGAGCAUUAUUAAAUACAACUCAUUCCUAUCGUAAGAAUGUGAGAUACGGUGUAACAUAAAAAGAAUUGUUAGUGUGA